AUGGUCGAACCAGCAUUCCGAUUCCGGAAUGUUCUCUGUGAAUACAGCAUGUCUCCGCCAUCUGCGAUUGAUCGUCUCCUAUACCCAAAUCUGAUGCUACAAAUUCCUACCUUCCAUAUUUUCGGAGUGACUCCAGAAGGUAAGAAGAUAUGUGUUCACAUCCAUGGUGUGCUACCAUACCUUCUUCUGCGAGUGGGCGCCGAUUUUACUCCUGCAUUAGGCAUGCUUAUGCAGGAGAAAAUCAACCGUCUUCAUUCAACGUGA